CCCCGCUCUAAACUCGCAGACUCUUCCCUCAGCAAGUCAAGUCAACAUGGCGAUUGAUGCUCAAAUUCGAGUAGAACCUGCUACCGUAGCAGAUGUACCAGAGCUGAUUGAGCUUGUCAAUGAGGGGCUGAAUCCAGAAGGAGAUUACAACAUCUACCCGCAUAAUGCCCACGGGGCAAAGUAUGCAACUGAUGUGUUCGAGGCUCUCCUCAAGGCGGAUAAUAGUCGCGUCAAGCUGCUGGUGGUUCGAGACGCUGAAGGCUAUCCAAUUGCAACGGGAACUGUAUACAAUAUCGCCGCGGGUGAUGUUUUUACCAGCGUAUGGAACGACUGGGGUGUCCCUCUUCAGCGAGGAAUGAAACAAGAGGUUCUGGAUAAACUCUUCGGCGCAUGGACGAAGCGCCACAACAAGCUCAUGGGCAACCAGCCUCGAGUGUUCGUUGAAGCCUUGGUCACUCGGAAUACUUGGCAAAAGCGAGGAUGCGCAACUGCAAUUCUCGCAGAAGCGGACAAAAUAGCAGAUGAAAUCGACGUCCCUCUCUUUUUAGAUGGAGCCGUACCCGAAUUCUAUAAACGGCGGGGCUAUAGCGAGCUCCUUAACGAUUCUGGCGUGGAAGCAUCGGCAGUGCCUAUGCUGCGAAAAAAGAAGAGCGAGAGAGUCUAAGCCGUAUUAUCUUAGCUGCCUCCUUAAUCAUUGUGUCGGUGCGCUGGCGCAGCAAAAUGAGUGUGCGCACAUAUGAGGAGAAUACGAUCGCCAUUGCAGGCGAGUUUAGCGUGGCGGGUGUGUACGGUUUGUUUAUUUCUGUAUGGUGACCGUUUCUCGCUUUCCUCGCUUGUAUUCAACAUCCAAACUAAACUAAACAUUUUUUACCCAUUAGUAUGAUGUUCAAUUUCCAAAAGGAC